ACGUUUAAUUUAAAACCGGAACAAACAAAAGAAACCAAAGCAAAGUUUAGCAGCUGAUGUAGUGUUUUCGUCGAAGUGUUAUUAAGAAAUAAAACAUACAGUGUGGGUGUAAAACAGGAUAUUUAAGGGACACUGAACAGCUGACAUUUGGCUCUUUUUUACCCUAGCUUGGAAAAAGAAAUGGACAUGAAGAUGAUAGCACAUUAGCCAAACAUCAAGAUUUUAUGUUUUUUUAUUUUAUUUAGUAAUCGCUCUUUAAUUUAGGAAACCUUUAAGUGUUUAUUUUGAAAUUAUUUUAAGUUAUGAUGAAGGGCUCUCAUUCUGCUUUGUCAAACCGGAGGAGGAGCAGCAGCGGGGCGGCCGGGCUCCUGUAUCCGCUGCUCGGUGCGUGUCUCUGGGCUGCAGUGGUCGGGUACAAGCCGGUGAUCAUAGUGCACGGUUUGUUCGACAGCUCAGGGGAUUUUAUAAAUUUACAGCGGUUCAUUAACGAGUCUCAUCCUGGAACAAAUGUGACAGUCAUCGACUUGUUUGACAGAAGUGCCAGCCUGCAGCCCAUGUGGAAGCAGGUGGAAGGAUUCAAGGCAGCUAUUUACCCAAUAAUGCAAAACGCAGAAGACGGGGUGCACUUUAUCUGCUACUCUCAAGGUGGGCUGGUUUGCAGAGGAAUCCUCUCCACUCUCUCUGACCACAACGUCCAAUCUUUCAUCUCUCUGUCCUCACCUCAGGCCGGGCAAUAUGGAGACACAGACUACUUGAGAUACCUCUUCCCACAGUUUGUGAAGUCCAAUCUCUUCCAUCUCUGCUACACGUCAAUGGGUCAGAGGAUCUCCAUCUGCAACUACUGGAAUGACCCCCACCACAGAGACCUGUAUGUGAACAGCAGUGAUUAUUUGGCUCUACUCAACAGCGAAAGACCCAAUCCAAAUUCAACAGAGUGGAAGAAGAACUUCCUCAAAAUCAAAAAGCUGGUGUUGGUCGGAGGACCAGACGAUGGAGUCAUCACUCCCUGGCAGUCAAGUCAGUUCGGAUUCUAUGACGACAACGAGACUGUCGUUGAGAUGCAGCACCAAGAUUUGUAUUUAAGAGAUGUUUUCGGUCUGAAGACGCUGGCGGCUCGUGGAGAUCUGAUCAUCUGUUCUGUUCCCGGCGUCCAACAUGUGUAUUGGCACUCAAAUGAGACAGUGUUUCACACGUGCAUGGAGAAGUGGCUGGUGUAGAACAAAACUCAUUUACAGCACACACAGAUGCACACACACACACAGAUACACAUGCUGUUUCCAGUCUUUAUGCUAAGCUAAGCUAACCAGCUGCUGACUGUAGGCUCAUAUUUAUUGUACGGACAUAAGAGUGGUAUCAAUCUUCUUCUAGAAAACUAAAACUCGGCAAGAAAGUGAAUAAGCAUAUUUCCCAGAAUGUUAAACUAGUCCUUUUAAUUAUUUGUUUUAAACCGUGUUGCUGCUGUCAAACAAGUCCAGCACAUCUCUUUCUGCUGAAGGUACUUUCUCAGAAAAUUAGCACAAGGCGCAAACUCAGAAGCAACAAAUGAGAAGGAUCCCAUAAACUUGCUAAAGGUUUAACUAGCUAUUAUGUUAUUACAGUCUUCAACGGUAAAGCAAAUCAGACAUUAAAGGAGCACUCUGGCACUUUAGUAUUGCAUUUCAGUAAAGUAAAGGGACUUGUAAGAGAGAGACUAAAAAGAGAGAGGUCAAAAAUCAAUGGAGCAGAGGUUGAGAAACAUUUUACUGUUUUCACAGCCUGACUAGUUCCUCACAACUGAAAUAUGUCGUGUGUAGAAAAUUGGUGGAGUGCGCCUUUUAUUUGUAUGAAAGCGAGCCCGCAUACAUACAGUAUAUAUAUCCGUGUGUGUCUGUGUGUGUUUGGUCACACAUACCUCAAAACCCCACAUAACACAACAGUGCCUGAGCGACAUUCUCUCAACUUGUCUACAUGUAGAAACUCAAUGCCCUGCUCAUGUUAUGAUGCAGUAAUUUACAUAUUUUUAUUCUUUUAUUUUUAACCCGGGGGGGGGUGUCGGUCGGUCGGUUGUGUUUUCCUCUUUGUUUUUUUAGUGUAUACAUCUGAUCGUGAAUAUCAUGAUUAUUGUCAUUGUCAUGCAGUGCUUUGGAGCUUUAGUAGAUUAAGCCUUAAAGUUUCCCCUCAUGCCUCAGUGUUUCAUGUCCCAUACAAAGUGCUACGACACACUGCCUCUUCUGUGGUGAUGGUGCUAAAAAUAAUGAUAUGGAGGGGUGGAUGUAGAGUGGCCGGAGAGUGGCAGUGCUAUAUUAGUGUUUACUUGUCCACCUGACUAUUGUACGUGGCGCUCUUUACCUCUCAUCGCAUUUAGAUAUCUCAGGCCUUUGAGCUUUAUUAUUGUCUGUUUGUUGGAAAAGGGAUUGUUGUCUCUUAACUGUUUGCAUUUUAUUGGAUGUUUAUGUACUUUAUAGAUGUUUCUUUCCAGAAGAAAAGCAAUGGAAAUAUCUUUUGUGUGAUAAACAAGAAGUGAAUUUGAAUGGGUAAAAACAUGUGCAUUGCACAAUGUUUAACCAGAUAAAGAAAAGGGAAAUGGUGAAGAUGGGAUGAUUUUAACUGUUUUAAAGUUGUUAGAUUUGUAGUAUUAUUUUAAUAUUGUUGCAUCCUUUUGUUUAAUGUAUGCUAGUUGUACAAGUUAACCUAACUACAUAAAUGUCCUCUCUGUUCAGUUUUCUUGCUUUAAAAACAGUAAAUGUGGUUAUGGACAUUUUUUUAAAACUUAAACAGAAAUAACUUUUUUGACUACAAUCCUACAAUUUCUACAGUUUUUGGUCUGCAAGUGAAUGUGUCAAAUGUUGUCAAUUCCUCAAUAAAAGACAGUUUUGAACAUC